UGUCGGAAGGAAGGGCUGCAGCUUACAGCAACAGAGUUUAGACUGUCUUUGCUUCAUCAUCUGAAGGCAAAAUUUUCCAGAUACGGCAGACGGCUCUCAGAGUACAAUAAACAGGGAAUGAGAACUAUUUACAUGGAAAUUUCUUCCUCAUGAUGCAGCGGAGAAGCCUCGGCCGCUUGAUUUUGCCAGAUGUUCCUGGGGUUACUGUAAAAGGAAAGGAGAGGCAGAGCUAAACAAGGUUCAAGAUUUAAAAGUGCCUGUGUGAAGUCACUUUUGCUGGAAACCACAGCCCGGGAGCUUUUGUGUUAUCGUGUUUUGCUAUCCAAUACACAUUACCCUGACCUUAUGAGUGGAUGAAGAUACCUCAGUUGUCUGGCUUUGCCAAUUGCUUGAUUUCGGAAUUUUAAAAGGUGAAAGAGAAAUCCUGCUAAGAUCUGAACAUCUAAGUGGCUUAUUUUCCAGCAUCGUCAAUAGCUGCGAGCAUCAGAACUAAAUAUUCUCCCAAGGAGUGCCAUGAUAUUGAAGUCACUUUAUUAAAAACAAUUGUGUCUGCAAAACAAUCAGGCGACUCGGACGUUUGCAGCCAGAGAUGACACUGAGCAUGCUUUCAUUGCGGCCCGCAGUCUUCGAGUGGGGCAUAUUGAUUGAUGAGUGACCGCCUGCCGAUAAAUUCUCUCCUCACUCUGUUUCCCGGAUUGGGCUUCUUUAAGCAAUUUGUCACUUACCUUCAGACUUACAUGUGGGAUUUUUCACAGCAAUAGUUUUGGAAUCAUUGGAACUUGAUUUGAUUUCAUCAUUUAACAGAAACGAACAGGAUCCAAAUUAUUUUCUCAUCAUGGCUUUGAAUGUUGCCCCGGUCAGAGAUACAAAAUGGCUGACCUUGGAAGUCUGCAGACAGUUCCAGAGAGGAACGUGCUCCCGUUCUGAUGAGGAAUGCAAAUUUGCUCACCCCCCCAAAAGUUGCCAGGUCGAAAAUGGAAGAGUAAUCGCCUGCUUUGAUUCCCUAAAGGGCCGUUGUUCAAGAGAGAACUGCAAGUAUCUUCACCCUCCAACACAUUUAAAAACUCAACUCGAAAUUAACGGGAGGAACAAUUUGAUCCAGCAAAAAACUGCAGCAGCAAUGCUUGCCCAGCAGAUGCAAUUUAUGUUUCCAGGAACCCCACUUCAUCCAGUGCCCACUUUUCCUGUAGGUCCCGCAAUAGGGACAAAUACGGCGAUUAGCUUUGCUCCUUACUUAGCACCGGUAACCCCUGGAGUUGGGUUAGUCCCAACGGAAAUUCUACCCACCACACCUGUUAUUGUUCCCGGAAGUCCACCUGUCACUGUUCCGGGCUCAACUGCAACUCAGAAACUUCUCAGGACUGACAAACUGGAGGUCUGCAGGGAGUUCCAGCGAGGAAACUGUGCCCGGGGAGAGACUGACUGCCGCUUUGCACACCCCGCUGACAGCACCAUGAUCGACACAAACGACAACACCGUAACCGUUUGUAUGGAUUACAUAAAGGGGCGUUGCAUGAGGGAGAAAUGCAAAUAUUUUCACCCUCCUGCACACUUGCAGGCCAAAAUCAAAGCUGCGCAGCACCAAGCCAACCAGGCCGCGGUGGCCGCCCAGGCAGCCGCGGCCGCGGCCACAGUCAUGGCCUUUCCUCCUGGUGCUCUUCAUCCUUUACCAAAGAGACAAGCACUUGAAAAAAGCAACGGUGCCAGCACCGUCUUUAAUCCCAGCGUCUUGCACUACCAGCAGGCUCUCACCAGUGCACAGCUGCAGCAACACACGGCAUUCAUUCCGACAGGGUCAGUUUUGUGCAUGACACCCGCUACCAGUAUUGUACCCAUGAUGCACAGCGCUACGUCAGCCACUGUCUCUGCGGCAACAGCUCCUGCAACAAGUGCCCCCUUCGCAGCAGCAGCCACAGCCAAUCAGGGCAGCAUUACGCAUCCAGGGCUUUGUGAAUUGUCACAGAAAAAUCAGAAAAGCUCACCUGGGAGUGCUUCAGAGCUGGCUGUAUUUGGAUUCAGUUCAUUCAGAGACCCUAUUAUCUAUUGUGGAGGAAAAGAAAAUUCUCCUCUUAGAAAAGUCUCCCCUUUUCCCUUAGUGUCAAAUUUGAGGUCUGAAUGAUUCUUGUUAACAUUUCACCUGGGUCCUAUGUGCUCCCAAACUCGCUUGGUUCCCAAGUGAGAGACAAACGGUCCUGGAAGAAGAGAACGGGGCCACCGAGUUCACAAAGGCUGGAUAUAACUGAUAGGGGCGUGUAAUUCUUUUGGUUUAACGCAUGUGCCAGUGAGACCUCGGACGGACUCUUUCUCAGGGAGGGCCAGCUGGCUGUUUCCUGUCGUCACAGGCUGACUGUAACCCUAACCCCAGCCAACCAACUUGCAAACAUGUGCUUCUGGUCCCAGGAGAGGCGUAAAAGCAUAAACUCUCACAUGCCCGGAAAAACACUUGACUGCGCAUGCUCUCCCUUCACAGAAGAGCCAUUCUGGUUUUGCUGUGAGUGUAGUGGGUUUUUUCUCGUUUUGUUUUGUUUUGAUUUUUGUUUUAAUAAAAUCAACUGUACUGAUAAAAGAUGACAAGACAUAUAGGAGGAGGUGGAGGGAAGGUCCCAGCUAACGGGAUAAACUGGAAAAAAUCAUGUCUGGGCAUAAAUAGCAGAUUCCAAACUACAUUCUGCAGGCGGGAAGGCCUGAGUCACGCUUCUUUCCCAGUUCUAGUGAAUAAGUGAUUCCAGAGCUAUAGGUUUCAUUGCUGAAAAGAUAGGCGUGAGUGCACUUAUAUGAAGGAAUAAAAGUAAAAUCCUGUGAGCUCCUCCUGUGCCCUCUGAGUUUUGAUAAAGCAGAAAAGAUCGAGGAGGGAGGGAGCAGAGGCCGAGCAGACCCUCAGAGGCAAUACCAACUGCUGACAACGCUUUAGCUCUUCACUCGCCACCUCAACAUGCCAGCUUCCCUCUAAGGAAAGCCAGCUCAGCUUCCAAACAGAUAGAACAAAGAACAGCAAAUCACUUUCUUAGCUGCGAAGAUUUUUUUAAAUGAUGGGAUGGCAGAAGGGAGAGACAGUGUGCGUCCUUCCAUCAUUAGGUUCAAAGCACCUCUUUUCACAUGGUCAUUCUUAGUAGGGAAACUGGAAAGGUUUCUUUUAUGUCUAAGUCCUGUCUUCCUGAACCAUGUUUUUGCGAUUUGGAGCAGAAGUUUUAUAUAAAGUCCCUUCAUCAGAAAGCAAGUUUCAAGCAUAAUAGAGUGUUCAUUACAAUGGACUGUAACGUUAUACUUUACGGCAAGUUAAGCACUUCUAAUACAGAGAGCUCUUUCCUGGGAAUGGAAAGGAAGUCAAGAUAAAGAACUAUUUUGGAGUUUUAGGAUAAGUCCCUUUAUUAUGAUAAAUUCUUGAUCAUGUAUCAUAAAUAUUUUUCCAGCCUAAUGAUUCUUUGGCUCAAUUUGGUAGAAAAAACUGAGAUUGCAUACGUAUGCGUAGGUUUAUGUAUGUGUGUAGGGGAAGCAUAACUAUUCAGAAGCUAAAAUAUAUCACUUUUCAGCAGAGUGUGAUUGGUAAAGGAACUAACAAGUUAACGUCAAUUAAAUCCAAAGAAGUAUAAUUAUAGGAGUACCUGACAGUAGCUUCAAGAAUCCUAGAUUCUCCAUUUUGCAGUUUAUCAGAUGUAAUCGUUGCUGGACUGCACUUCAGUGAUGACUCUUAAUCAAAGUCUGCUUGCACAUGAAGACAACAGAAAAAGAAAUAGUAGUAAACAUAAAUUUUCAGAUAUGAUAUUCUUAAUGUAUUUUCAACAAGUUUCAAAGAGCAAAGCAGCUACAAAAGAACUUGGAAAUUCUUUUAGUGCCCAAGAGUUCAGAAUUCAGAGAGAUUUCUGAUGGCUGUGAAAUGACAAGUUUUCAUCUUAUUAAGAUUUCGCACUUUAAACUCACACUGAAUCAUGUCCAUGUGAAUUACAUGUCAUUUAAACAAAAUGAAUCUGUUUCCUCACUUGUAAAAGAAAGAUUAGAACUAGAUGGCCUCCGAGGUCCCUUUCAGCUCUAAGAUUCAACAAACCUAUGGUUCCUUAGCUGCUGUGCUAAGCCCAACGCAUGAGAUUAUAAAGGUAAACACAGAGUAGAAAGUGGUGCUAAUGAUUUCAGAGUUCAGUGCAUGAUACGCAUCCUCCCUUCUUUCCCUUCAUUGAGCCAUCUGUCUUUAACACAAAAUGUGGUAGGGUUUUGACAGCUUUUUAGUUCAUUUGAUCAAUUUAGACUUUCAGUUCAAAUAGUUCAAAUCUCAUAAGUAUUUGUAAUAAGAUACAAGUCAUUCAGAGAAGAAAGAACAUACACCAAAACAUCCCAUGACAGCUCCUCCGGCCCAGGUUUCCUUCACAUGUUACCCCAUGGUGAGUCAAGUUGAACUGGCAAUAAAUCUAUAAAUUCUACCCUCAGGGCUUAAUCAAGGUGACAGCAAUGAAAGUUUUAACUGAACUUAGACUUGCAGUUUGAAAUUAAAUGACGACAAGAUCCAAAUACUUCUGGGAAAUAGAAAAUUAUUUUUUGGUUAUUUAGCUCUGGGAGUAGAUAUAUAAACAAAAAUACAAUAAACAAAUUUACCAACAGCUAUCUCCUGUUUCAAUUAAGGUCUUUGGGCCUUAAUAUACAAGUUACACCUAAUGAUAAUAUUAUUAUUAUUAUUAACAAAUUACUUAUAGAUACAAGAUACUAUUCUAAAUGGUUUCUCUCUUAUAUAAUACAUUACAUAUUUUUAUAUAUCAUAUUAUAUAUAUCAUAUGAGAAAGAAUACAUAUGUAUAGGAUAUACUCAAUCCUUACUACAGUGUUAUAAAUAUUACUGUCACCCCCAUUUUACAGACAGUAAAACUGAAACCAAGGUUAACCAACUUAGCCAAAGUUAAAUAUCUAAUAAAUGGUCUUGCUGGAAUUUAAACCCAGGCAGUUUGAUCCCAGAGGCCUUGCUCUUAACCACCAUGCUACAUUGCCUCUCUCUAUAAUUAUAAAUGAACGGAAGUCACUUCUUCCACAGGUAAAAGUGUCUUUAAAGUGCAACUCAAUAGCAGCAAGCUCUGUUGCUCUAGGGAAAAUGAAGGCGUUCUGCUAAUGCAGCUCAGACUGAGGUGAGUUCUAAGGUGGGGAGAUGAACUGCAUCUGAGCAGAGCUUCAGGCUGGUUAUGUAAUACCCAGGUCACAUUUAGAAACCAUAUACAUAGUUGAUAUAUAUUAAUUAUGAUACAGAACUAUUUAUUAAUAGUCUAUGUUAUAUUAUACCCAGUGAGUAGACUGAAAAGUAUGAAUAGUUUCUGUACAAGUAAGAUGAGAACUAAGACGAGAAGUAAAAAGGAAUUAGUCAUUAGUCCUGGCGAAGCAGAUUCAUGGGCUUCUUUUGUGUGAAUCAUGGCCCUGGACUUUACUCCCAGCCUCUGCCACUCAUCUCACAAGUAGCAUCGUGACAAGGGAAAUCAGAAAUGAAAACCCAGGUACUAUAUAAGUCAGUCAAUUUCAGUCCGCUAAUAGAAGGUCAGGAUGUAUAUAUACAUCUAUAGAUGCCUAUAUUGAAGCCAAUUUAAUCUUAGAGUAUACAGUGAAAAAGGAGAGGUCAGCAGCUUAGUAUAUGGAUUAUCUAGUUUUUUUCACAUUAUAAGAAAUUUUAUUUAAUAAAAUGAGAGUGCAGAUUGAAAUCCCUCUAACUUAAAUUAUUAUGGUACUCUAUCCUGUUAUUGCUUUAUUAUUUUUUUACUUCAAAAAUACAUUCUAUUUCAAAAGGGGAGAAAAUAAUUUCCUAGUAAAUAUAUUUUAAAUCUUAGUUUCUUCAUUUAUAUACAGAGAUUAUUCACCUUACCUGAUAACAUCCUUGAAGGCCCAAUUGAAAUACAAUUUGUAUUCUGAGUCUUUCCCUGAACCCCUGCAGCUAGAAUUUCUUUUUUCUAUCCUCUGAAUUCCACAAGGACUCUAUCUGCAUGUUCCUUAAAGCAUCAUCAUUAGAUAGAUGGAAUGACAGUGCUGAUAUACAACAAAGGUGGGGAAGUGUAAAUCUUAGCAGAGAAAAACUAACAAUCCCGUUGGCCAGAGCACCAGUUUUCGUGAGCGGCUACGACAUAGGUUUGAUUCCGAGUGUGUAGGACCUUAAAUGACAGGGUAAAGGGUUCGCCGGCCUUUAUUUGGCCACUGAAGGUUUUCAAGCAGGAAAGUGACGGAACACAACUCUGAGAAGAGCAGGCAGAUGGAGACAAGGCAGGAGAGUCUGCGGAGACCGUGGAGAGGCUUCCACAAGAGCCGGAAGUGGGACAGUGGCAGCCGGCGAGUGGCCGACUUUGCCUUGCCUUUGCCUGUUACAUAGGGAGAGGCGCGUUUAGCCAAAGAGAAACAUAAAAAUGGUUUCAUACUAUGGCAAAACCUGUCCAAAUAAAUGUCAUGUAGCAGAAGAAGAGAUGUGGGCUGACAUGAAAGGUUAACCACAGGAAGUUGCCUCUGUAGGACCUGAAUUUAAGGAUAGCCUUUGGGUGGACUCCCUGGGCAAAUGCCUCCAGGGUACUUGUGCCUAAUACGCGGCUCCCCACUCUCUACCCGAAUGAGACAUCAGAGCCACAAAAGCUCAGACACCUCCCAGGCCUUUGCCUGGAAGAAAGGGUCCCUUCAGAUUUGGAGUGAAUACGUGUUGUCCACGUGUCCACAGCUAGAGCUAUGUGGACGCGGAGGGCAGUUAUUCAUCUAAUUCAUUCUGGGUCAUGAGUCCAUGCUAGGAAGGCAAAUUCUUACAUACUGGAUAUUAGGAAUAUUUUAAUGGAGCAUCCCACGCAGUGCCUUUAAAGCUGGUGAAAUCAAUUAUAUUUCUGGCAAUAUGUUAACAACACUAAUUACAUCUCCAAAAAGUGCUGACUGGUGUUUAAUUAUGACCUCAAGGUUUUAUCACAUCUUCCGAAUCCUCUUCCAAAGAUUAAAUCCAUUCAACAGAAAGCUGGCCUUAGGAAGAGUUUAUUGAAAAUUAGUUAAUAACAUAUUAUACAUUCCUAGCCCUCCAUUUAUUGGGAUAUUUGGUAAGUCAGAAAAUCCCCAUUUUCCAGACAUGCCUGAUUAGUAUAUAUAUGAUAACAAUUUCAACGGUAUCUUACCAGACAAAAUAAUUACAUGCAACCAGAUACCUAUAUUAUGCUUCAUCAGGCCUGCUACAAAUUACUAAAGGGAGAGGAGAAAAGUUUAAGAGCAUCAGAUUUUACUCAUUUCUCACAUAUAAACACGAACACAACUUCAAAGCUAUUUGUAUGUAGAUUCUUGGACUUCUAUAUACAAAGUCACAGUAAAUCACCCCAUCCUAACCAAGAAGUCUAGAAAGGUAAGGUCAUGUUUUACUUACUCUCUCAUCUCAAAGAGUUUUCUAAAACAUCUAUUAUUCAAAGUCAUCUGUUAGGACUAUAUUCAGACAAAUGUAGGAGGCAUUAAACGUUCCCCACUAUUCACCACUUGACCCAUUUGGAGCCUGUGUUUUUUCACAAGAAAAAUCUGGGUUCUGCAAAGCCCCAGCGUGGGAGGAGUAGACCCCUGUUAGUUCCCUCCCCUGAAAUAUACAGUAGAGCGACUGGCCUCCCUGCAUGGAUGAUCGAACUGUGAACCACUCCUUUCCCGCAGUUUGCUGAGUCCUGAGAACAGUCAACAGAAAGCAGCUGGGCCCCAAGUAUGUUGUGCUCUGAAAGGGCCUGGACAGCAACUGUCCAAAUCCAGGGCCUGUUAAUAGUGCUCAGGCUGAGACACCCAUCUCAGCAUCGUCAUACUGCUAACGUUGUUCGGCCUUCUCUAACUCUGUGCUGAUCUUCUAACUAUAGAGGAAGGUUCCAUUUCAGUAAUGGAUCUGGUUGCCUCAAAUGAGGUAGAAUCGCCAUAUCAAAUAUUUUGUGGAGAGAGGGACUGUGUGUGUGUGUGUGUGUGUGUGUGUGUGUGUGUGUGUGUGUGGAGAGAAAGAGGGGUGGAGGGACAGAGGAGGAGAGAGAGGGAGAUUAACUGGAGCCUGCUGUAUAUCUCUUCAAAUAAAAAAAUCAAAACAAUAAAAAUGGCGGCGUUUGCGUUCAGUUAACACCAUUGGUUAAAGCUGCUUGGCAAUUUGAGUCUCAAUUCCAUGGUGCAACAUGGCUGGGGCACUGGAAUCCAGUCUUGCUAGUCUGGUGAAAAAAAAAAGAUGUUUAAGGUGGAGAGGAGAGGUGGGAGGGCCGCUCCGUAUGUCUUAGGUGGAGCUGGAUCUGUGAGAACCAUAGAGAGGCAGAUUAUUUUUUCUCUUCAAGAAAGCAGAAAAUAAGAAGAAAAAAGGCCUCUUAUUUUCCUGCCUCAGGAGCAGCUGCUUUGCAGAGCUACCAUGAGGUUUAAUUAAUAUAUGUAUUUGCAGAUUCUCCAAGGAAAGGCUAAGUUAUAUUAAGUGUUGUAAUCUAGUACAUUUUCAUCUUUCAUGAAUAAUUUACACCUCAUGGUGAGAAACUUGAGUGGAAUUCUUUUGUAUACAGCUCCUAAAGACAUAAUAUCAGUUCCAAUUUUGUGCAGUUGAAGAGAAAAUGUCAAGGGUCCUUACGUGGAACUUGACUGCCUGGUGGAUCGUCCUACUUAUUUUACUUCAAAUCCCAUCCUCUUUUGCAUUUUGAUGGAAUUUGGGGGAAUCUUUUUAGAUUGAAAAGUUAUAUUCCCAGCAGUACUUUGGCUUUUGUUGACCAUAAUAAAAUCAUGCUUAUUUUUCUAAUCGUAGGUUUCCUCUUUGAGAGGAAUAAACAUACAGCUCAUCCUAUAUGUGUGUUUAUUUCCAGCUCUACAUUUGUAAGGAAGGAGAGACUAGGCACAGUGCAGGAAUUUGGAUCCAUUGUCAAGGGUUGAGAGAUGAAUGGGGUCUCGUUUUUAAUAAAAAUUGCUAUGAACAGAGAAAAUCUUUGACUUAUAGGCAUCUAUCUCCCCAAGUUUUGCCACUGCUGCCUGCCUUCCCACACUUCUACCUGCAUGUUUGGGGAAGUUGCCAGCCUUGCUGUGUGGGUGGAUGGAGAGGAGAGAUCCUUGCCGUCUCCUGACACAAAGCUGGCCUGACUGUCACUUCACUUACUGGAUAUGACGCCAUGAUGAGUCAAAGACAAACUGGCAUGAGGUCCGGCCUCUCAGCCUCUUCCAGCAUUCUCUCUGGGCCACAUCUCAGGAGUCAAUGGCUUCCAAGGUCAGACCUGGCUGAGUCUGCUGAACAUUCUAGAGGCCACCAGUGUGGGGAGGUGCUAAGGGUACCCAGGAGUUUACUGCCUAGUCAAAGAGAUGUGAAGCAAUCAGACAAGGUCACAAAGUGAAACAGUCAAGGAUUCAAACAUUAUUGCAUGGGAAGUAAGCUCCACGGCAGAGCCUCGGCCCUAAGUGGGAGGGGGAGUAAAUUAGGAGUUUGGGACUAACAUAUACACCCUACUGUGUAUAAAAGUGCAGAGGCAGGUCUUGAAGGAUGUGUAGGAAUUAGAUAAGGAACUGGUGAGGCUGUUCCUGACCAGAGUGAAAUGUAAGGGGUAGAGCUGGGGCUGGGGUAAGGGGCAAGGAGACUGGCAUUAUAAAUGUACCAGCAUCAUGCUUUACAUGUGUUCUCACAUUUAACCCUAUCAGAUGGGCCCUAUUCUCGCUCUUUAACAUGUGAAGACAUCAAGGCUCAGAUGUGGCCGUGGCUCUAAUCAGUAGAAGGGCCUGCAUUUGACCUCAAAACUCUGACCCUGAGGUCAAUGCUUCCCCCUUAUCCCACCUUCUUCCCCAGUAGCCUUCGCGGCUCAGAUAGGAGUUUCAGAAUCAGUUUCGGACUUUAUCCCACAAAAGAUGCAGACAGAGCAGCUAUUACUACAUCAGAUCUAAAGGGGGGGACAGUGUAGCUCACACGCACUAAAGGCCACACCGCGGUGAGUGAAGAGAAGACACACGUGGGCAGGACUAGAAAAUCUCCUUGAGCAGGUGAGGAGAGGUUAGGUUACUGAGAGGUCAAAAGGCAGGCUGAGGGCAGGGCAGCAAAAUGCGAAACGAGAGACUUGCAAACACUCAUCUACAGGAAGUGAGUGGGUAGGUGUGAGCUGGGAUGGGCUGAGCGCAGGUUAACUGGUAAGGAAGCUACUUUGUUGAUGAAGUGAUAAAAUUGGGAUAGAGAGAAAAGGGAAAAUGUGGGGAGGGGAGGAUGAAUACACUCGUCCCUCAGUAUCUGUGGGGCAUUGGUUCCAGGACCCCGAGUAAUACCAAAAUCCAUGGAUGCCCAAGUCCCUUAUAUAAAAUGGCACAUUUGCAUAUAACCUACGCACAUCCUCUCUUCUACCUUAAAUCAUCUCUAUGUUACCUAAGACAAUGUAAAUGCUAUGUGAAUAGUUGCCAGCGCAUGACAGAUUCAAGUGGGGUUUUUUUGGAACUUUCUGGAAUUUUAUUUUUUCAAAUAUUUUCUAUCCAUGGUUGGUCGAAUCCAUGAAUUCAGAACGUGAAGCUAUGAAGAAGGACAGACUGUAACUAAGAAAAUCAAGAAAAUUCAGGGAGGCAUUUUGAUCCUUUAGUCUCCCAGCGGCUCUUGCCAGUUUCUAUAGCAUCUGUGGAUUCACCAGCUCUCAGCUCCCCGCCACAUCAACCUUCUACAAGACAUUUCUCCCGACGACUUACAUAGAUACAAUGGCUCCUGCUGACACUUCUUCACUUUAUUUGUACUAUAAAGGAGAAAUUUGUUGCCUGGGAUUUUCUGACACUGGUUUAUGAAAAGCUACAGCUAGUCUAGCACUUAGACGCCAUCAUGCCUCGGCAUCACAUAUAACAUGCUGAAACUUUUGGUCUGUCUGUUUUAACUCUCAGUGAUCAAAUUAUAGUAUUAUCGUCACUCUCCUUGCUCUGGAGUUUCCAAAGAUCUCAGAGUUUAUGUCGAUGAGCUUCCUAUAAUCAAAUACAGACACUUUUCGGUAUUUACCACAAUGCAUUUCUGGAAGCAGCAUCAUUAAGCUGAAUGCUGUAAAACGUCACCCAUUUUCCCAUAGUCACCGUUGCCUCAGGCACUGCAGGUCUGACCCAAGACCUGCAUUAACUACAUCAAAGUUAUGAAAGGCGAUAAGUCAAAAGAGCAAACUGACUACAACCAUGCCAUACUUCUACAGUAACAGAAAAGGGAAAUGAUGAUGCAAGUUACAUUAUAAAUUGGAACAAGACCCCAGAUCAGUAAGGUGGCUUACCCAAGUCACAUAAAUAAUAAGAGAGCCAGGACUAGAACCCAAUUGUCUGUGUCCUGCCUAGGGUAGUGUUUUUUCCCUUUCACCACACUGCCUUCCUGAGAAAGUGCUUUAAAUGAUCAUUAAAGGGACCCCAAAGUACUACAGAGCAUACAGACAGCACAAAGAUAACACAAGCGUCUCUCCAUGAGUAAGCUCUUACCAACUGCCAGAAAUCAUGCUAAGCUUUUAUACGAACUAUCUCAUUAAAACCCAAAAUGGCCCUGUGAGGAAAUAUUCUUCUCCCUAAUAUACAGAUACGGAGACUGCAGCUUUGAGAAGCUGAAAAACUUGUGCAAGGUCAUCUAUUAAGUGGCAAAACCAGAUAUACAACCUCCCCCAAGCUCCUAACCUUCCAUUUUAUAAUGAGGAAAAGGACCUACAAUGGUUAAGUGACUCAGUCAAGGUUACGUAAGGGAUUAGAAACUGAUCUCCUAACACCAUGCUUAGUCCUCUUUCCCUCCCUCAAACCACAAUCCAGCAUGAAUAUGCUAGCUAUACAUUUUUUUGAACAGUCAAUAGAUUUUCUUCCUCCUUAAAAUUUAGAAAGGUUUUGGAGGAAUCAAAAAGAUACCCAAGGAUGUUAAACUCAAUUCCUUCUUUUUCUCAAAAUAUUGCUCAUACUCUUCCAUUAGUCAUUCUUUCAAUUCUUGUCAUUGUUAUCCCGAGAUAUUUGAAAGGGCCAGAGAACCACUUUAGUUAUGAAGAUCCAGGAGAAAAGGAAUUGCUUGAAUCAAUUCCUAUUGUUCAUCUUCUUUUCUUUGGUCUUCUCUGACCCCUGUAACACUAAGGAUGGCCUUGAACAACGAAAGAAGUUAAAAUAGGGAGAUCUAAGGUGUGUGUGAAGAAUGAGAAGAAAACCCUACCAUAUUCCUUUGCCUUGGAAAACUGUGUUUAAGAAUUGCUUUCUUUUUUUUUUUUUUUUUAACAUAAACUCAUAACCUAAGUCCCCUCAUUUUUCCUGCUGGUUAUGUGAACCUAUCUGAGAAGAGGUGAAGGUUUGAAAAUUGAAGUAUGGGUGUUUAUUAGACAAGACUGGGUGUGCAGAAGCGUCCAUAAAUAGUGGUUUGCUCUAAGCCCAGUGAUCUAAGAAUUAUUAGUAAAUGCUAUACCUUGUCAAAAUAUUCAUAUUCAUGUUUUGUGGCAUAGCCUAAGAAAUUAAAAUAGGUGAACUAUUACCACAGGCUAACAGUAGCAUCUGCUUACUACCACCAAGCACUUGUUAAUUACAUUAUCUAAGGCUCACAACUACUUAUGCAUUAGGGACAACGUUUGAUUCCCAUUACAGAGAAGAGAAAUACUAAGAAUAAAAGAUGUUGAAUCACUUACCCAUGGUAACAUAGUUAUUAGGUCUAGAAGCUGGGUUUGAACUGGAUCUAAAUUUAAAGAGUGGGAGAUGCUGCCUCCCAUGGGAUGUAACUUUUUUUUAAACUUGAUUUUUUAUUUAUUAUUUAAUUUAAUUAAUUAAUUUAUCUAUUUGGCCACACCCCGUGGCAUGCGGAACUUCCCGGACCAGGGAUUGAACUCGUGCCCCCUGCAGUGGAAGCACGGAGUCUUAACCACUGGACCACCAGGGAUGUAAUUUUCUAUUUCAGUAGACUUUGAUCACUGUAUGGUACUGGAUGUUGAUGCUUUUAUAAUGAAAGAUUUUAGUUUGGAAAAUGAUUAAUAUGAAUGACAGUCAAGACUUUCACGAACAAUAAAGAAGUUCAGCCUAUAUUUAUUUAGUUGUCAGUGACAGGUCAAGAUAUACAUACACAGAAAGGGAAGUGCAUUUGACAUCUUAGAAAAUCCUAAUCUCAUCAAAAUCAAAUUUAUUAUCAACACAUAUGGAGUGUCAUACAGAUCAUAUAAUAUUUAAAUGCACAAAAUUAUUAUUUGAAUGCCUAUUUAAGUAAAGCUGAAACCAAAUUUUAUUUAGGAUUAUGAAUUUUCAAAUAAAUAGACCAAGGGAAGGGAAGCAACAUUUAUCAAAAAACACUACUACAUAUCAGACACUUUAUAUACAUUAUUUAAUUUAAUAUUCAGUAGAACUCUGUGAAGUGUCUCAUCCAUUUUCCAGAGGAGAGCAAAUUUUAAAGAAUAAUGUGCUUAAGAUUCAAGCAGGUUGGAAGUGGCUGGACAGUUUUAGAACUCAGGUUCACUGAUCUCCAAAUCCUGUUCUCUUGUGUCUCCACCAUAUUUGAAUUAGAUUGGAGCUUAUGGUCAAUGUAGGACUGGGGUGAAGUUCUUUAUAUGGUUCCCUUAAAAACUGCUAACUACUGAAUUUACCUAUUGGUUUACAAAGUUUUAACCAUUUAAGAAGAAAGUUCCAGUAGAAGCAAACCUUUUUAAAAUCCAAGUUCGAUAUCAGAAAUGUCUGAAAAUAUGGUUAGUUGAUGAGACCAACAAGGAAAUUCAAAUUUCAGUCCAGUAAACAAGAGCUAGAAAGUGGAUGAAUGAGGGCACCAUUUCACCCCUCCAAGGGUGGCAAACUGGCAGGAAACUUCUGUAAAAAAAGAGUCUACCAGGAGGAGUCCUUUCAUCCAGGACUCUUUUUUUUUUUCUAAACAAUAAUUUUAGAAGAGAGAUACUGUUUUUCUCCACUGUUUUCACAGAACCUUACCUUCAUAUAAAUCUCAGGUUAAACGAACAUCACUACUUGAUUCGUUCUACUUGAGAAGGAAUGUUUUGGGCAGCCUGGAGGAGGCAACUGUGAAAGGAGUGACUAGAGGUUAAUUCAGUUGUAGGUAAAACCACAGAGCUCAAUUCCAUAGUAUCCCAAGGAAUCGAUGACGAUUCAGGUACGCAAACAGAAAAAUUCCAUUUUGAAGCCCAAAAUGGGGAGGAUAAAAAGAAGGACGGGAGGGAAAGAAGGAAGGAGGCGUUAAGUAUUGGCAAGAAAGGAGAAGAGGGAGUUAUUGUUUAAUGGGCACAGAGUUUCAGUUUGGAAUGAUGAAAAGUU